UCUUUCCUUUCUGUAUUCCUUUCUGCACUAACAAUUUUCACUCUGUUUCAGUUUCUGUCACCAUUUUUCCUCUUCUUUACUUUCUAUUCUCAAACCCAAUUUUGAUUCCAAAUGGAACAACCCACCAACACCACCCACCAAUCAAAAACAUUCACCACACCUUCAAAGAAACCUACAAGAAACUCAGAGAAUGCGAACCCUAAUGUUUCUCACCUUCGAAGCCCUUCUUCAAAGUCCCCUGCUUUGAGAUCCUCCAAAUCAAACACCACCAACCCAAUUGUACAAUCCCCGCAGAACAGGAUCCGGCAGAGGAAGUUCGUGGUGGCUAAGAAGAAGAAUCAAAAGGGUCUUCGAAACGACAGCGUGCUGUGCAAGUGCAAACAUAAAGGUGGCGCGAAGUGCGUUUGCGUGGCGUAUCAGACCCUUAGGGCUUCUCAAGAAGAGUUUUUCCUCAAAGAGAAUAAGUUUUGUGAUGAUGUUGAUGAAGAUGUUGAAGAAGAAGCAAAAACAGAGUGUGAGAGUGUGAAUGCAAUUGAAAUUGAGGGAAGAAAAAGUGAAGCAGUAGAAGAUAAAGAAAAAGAAGACGAGGGAUUCAAUAAACGAAGGAGGGAGAGGGGUAGGUUAUUGGAAGAAGGGGGGAAGAGUACGAGUGUUGCUAAAGAUGGGUUUGGGAAAGUUAUGCAUUUGGUUAAAGCCUUUGAGAAGCUUCUCACUGAACCCAAAGGUUCGGAGGAAAACAAUCACAAGGAGGAUGAUCAUCAUGAAAGGAAAGAUAAUAAGGGCAAAAUGAUGAAUUGGUCUUUGCCUCUGUUACAAUUCGAAGAACAUCAUAAGACAGUUGCAGCGGCCGAUGCAUCUGUUUCUGAUUCUUCUUCGUUUCAUUGUACUUCUGAUUUGGUUUUGACGUCCGAGAACCUUGGCUUGGAUCAAGGGAUUUCAGUUUCUUCCUCAUGGGAUAAUAGCUUUGCAAGUGUGUCUACUGGGGAUAGAAGGAGCCGGAGAAAUAGUUUGGAUUCAUGUGGUACUUUUGGAGGGAGUAAGUUGAAGAGGAAGGAAAAGCAAAAAGUUACUAAGCAAAAACCAUUUAAGCUAAGAACAGAGCAAAGGGGUAAGGUGAAAGAGGAAGAAUUGAUUAAGAAAGAACAAAAGAUGAUGGCUGAAGAAGAAAAAAUGAGGAUACCAAUUGCACAAGGUCUUCCUUGGACAACAGAUGAACCUGAGUGCUUGUUAAAACCUAUAGUUAAAGAGAUAACAAGGCCUAUUGACCUAAAGCUCCAUAGUGAUAUUCGGGCAAUUGAUCGUGCUGAAUUUGACCAACAGGUGGUAGAAAAAUUUAACUUCAUAGAACAACUGAAGCUGGAAAGGGAAAGACAACAGAAGAUGGCAGAAGAAGAAGAAAUAAAGAGGUUGAGGAAGGAACUAGUUCCAAAGGCUCAACCAAUGCCUUAUUUUGAUAGACCUUUUGUUCCAAGGAGGUCAAUGAAGCAUCCAACAAUACCUAGAGAACCCAAGAUUCACAUACCCCAACAUCAACCUAAGAAGAUGAAAUGCUUGUUGUCAUGGAAUGACAUGAAUCCCUGCUCCUCCUAUCUCAACUAAGCUUCCAAUGGCCAUUUUGUCAUAUGAAGUGAAAUAAUGCUUUCAUUUUCCAUAAUUCUUUCACUCCACAAUAUUCAAUUUUGUACAUUGGCAACUCAAUAUAUAGUUGCAAAUUCUUUUGUGCAUAGUCAUGAUAUUUCUCUGAAUUGUGCAAUGAAAUGAAAUGUCACUAUUUUUUUUUUUAA